UGCUAUGGGAGGAGGGGUUUAAAACCACACACAUAUACAGACUCUCUCACUCUCUCUCUCACACACUCUCGCACGGCUGAUCCGAUCCUGCCACUCCACUCCACACACUCUCACACACUCUCACACACACUGAAGAUUAGAGCCGGAGUGUAACUGCAGGAGGAGAAACACAACCUACUUUGGAAACUUCAAAGAAACUCACAUCUCUGAGAUCAAAGACACUUUACAACUUUUUACCUUUUUAAACUGUUUUCAUAUUUUUACAAUUUUGUUUUUGUUUGUUCCACUCUGUGGAAGUGUGUGUGUGAGGGAGGAAGGGAUUUUACCUCACACUGUACGUCUACACACUUGGACUUUGAGACUUGGACUGGGAGACUCAGUAUUAAGCAGGUCAGAAAUGGGAAGAUGGGUGUGGCCCCUCGGUGUGUUAUUUCUGUCUCUCAUCCUGAUUGGUCAUCAUGAUGUCAGUGCCAAUCGCUGUGCAGCGAGUAAAGCCACCAGCUGCUCUGCGUGUUUGCAGACUGGAUUUGGCUGUGCAUACUGUCCUGAUGAGGUGUUUGGGUUUGAUCGAUGUGACCUGCUGGAGAACCUGAAAGCUCACGGCUGUGUUAAGUACAUAGCAGUGCAGAGCUCCAUGUCCAUGCUGAAGAAUGUUGCAAUUAAUAAGAGCCUGAAACGCUCCCAAGUGGCUCCUCAGCAGAUGAGUGUGACUCUGUUACCCGGUGAGGAGCGUGAGGUGGAGAUGGAGGUGUUUGAGCCGGGGCGUGGUCCACUCGACCUCUACAUUCUCAUGGACUUCUCUAACUCCAUGUCUGAUGAUCUGGCCAACCUCAAGAGGAUGGGGGACGAGCUAGCUCGGUUGGUUGGGACUCUCUCUGAUGAUUACACAAUCGGAUUUGGAAAAUUUGUUGAUAAAGUCACUGAACCACAGACAGACAUGAGACCAUCAAAGUUGCAGGAGCCAUGGUCAAACAGUGACCCCCCGUUCUCCUUCCAGCACGUGAUCAAUCUCACCAGUAACAUCAGCACUUUCAGACAGAUCCUGCAGAAGGAGAGAAUAUCUGGCAACCUGGACGCUCCUGAGGGAGGAUUCGACGCCAUCCUUCAGGCCACCGUGUGUAAGUCUCAGAUCGGGUGGAGGCAGCACAGCACCCAUCUCCUGGUCUUCUCCACCGAGUCGGCCUUCCAUUAUGAGGCAGACGGCAUAAACGUGUUGGCAGGAAUUUUACCACGGAACGAUGAGGCGUGUCACCUGGACAGUAACGGGCAGUACACACACGCCACGCUGCAGGAUUACCCAUCAGUCCCCACGCUGGUGCGGCUCCUCGUCCAGAACAACAUCAUCCCCAUCUUCGCCAUCACCAACCACUCGCGCUCCUAUUAUGAGAAGCUGCUUCAGUAUUUCCCCAUCGCUGAGCUCGGAGUGCUGACGGACGAUUCGUCCAACAUCCUCAACAUCAUCAAGAACGCCUUCGAGAGUAUCCGUUCAAAGAUCAGUAUCCAGGCUGAGAACAAACCCAAAGCGAUCGGAGCUCAGGUCCUCUCAGUGUCUGGAGUCGCAUCAGAUUACGGAAACUUCCGCAUCCAGCCUGGAGAAAUCGGUAAAUUUAAAAUGCUCCUGAACGCUAAGACCAGUGUGAACGACAGACCCGUGUGCAGCCUGAACAACAAUGACCGCUCAGGGACAAUCAGGGUCAAACCCACCACAUUUAGCUCCGCCCUCGAGAUACAAACUGACGUACUCUGUAAAACCUGUGAGUGUGAGAAGACCCCUGAAUUGAAGGCGGCUCGGUGUAACGGGAACGGUGACCUGGUGUGUGGAACCUGCCACUGUUACAAUAAAUGGUUGGGUCCAUUCUGUAACUGUUCAUCUCAGUUGUCCUCAGAUGUGAGUGGCUGUAUGGCCUCGGGGAUGAGUGAGCCGUGUAACGGGAGAGGAGACUGUGUGUGUGGAACGUGUCUCUGUUAUAACCCAAAUCAGUACGAAGGACAGUUCUGUCAGUACGACAGGUCACAAUGCCACAGAUCAGGAGGAUUCCUCUGUAACGAUCGAGGACGGUGCUACAUGGGUGUGUGUGUGUGUAAUAGUGGGUGGACAGGAAACGCGUGCGAAUGUCCUCUCAGUAAUGCAACCUGCCUGGACAACAAAGGGGGUUUGUGUAACGGUCAUGGUGUGUGUAAAUGUGGACGCUGUGAGUGUGAAUAUUCCGGACUAGAGCUGGGAACAACAUGUGAACCAAACUUCCAGGCCCAGUUGGGGAUGUGUGAGAGCAGAAGGAGUUGUGUACAGUGUCAGGCCUGGAAGACUGGAGAGAUGAAAGGAGACAAGUGUAAAGGCUGUCCAUUUACCAUCAAGAUGGUGGACGAGCUGAAGGACAGAGAUAAAGUGAUAGAGACGUGUGAGUAUCGUGAUGAAGAAGAUGACUGUACGUAUUACUAUACAGUGAAUUAUCCUCCUAACCCUACUGAUAAAGAGCAUGAGGUGGAGGUGCUCAAGAAGAAAGACUGUCCUCCUGGAGGUUUUCUCUGGUUGAUUCCUCUUAUCAUGUUCCUGAUGCUUUUGUUGGGUCUCUUACUGCUCUGCUGCUGGAAAUACUGCGCAUGCUGCAAGGCAUGUCUGGCUCGGCUGUGUGUCUGCUCUCCGUGCUGCGCGAUGGGUCGUAUUGUGGGAUUUAAAGAAGAUCACUACAUGCUGCGUCAGUCCUUGUUGAGCUCGGAUCACCUGGACACGCCCAUGGUGAGGACCGGACCACCCAAGAGCACAGAUGUGGUGCGCUGGAAAGUGAAAGACAACGUCCACCGCGGACCGAACCACCCUCAGAACCAGAUCCAACCCAACCCCAAAGAAAUCAUUGACUUUCCUCUCUCACUGCGGCUCCCCAGAGCGUUCUCUGAUGAACUUUCACGGCCAGAAGCUCGCAACACCGAAAUCCUCAAACAGGAAGUGGAGGAAAAUCUGAAUAACGUGUUCAGACAAAUUCCCGGAGCUCACCGUGUACAGAAAACCAGGUUCAGGACACAGAGGAAUGCAGGAAAGAGGCAGAACAACACGAUUGUGGACACGGUUCUCUCGGCUCCUCGCUCCAGCUACCCCGAGAUCAUCAACCUGACGGAUAGACAGGUGCAUUCUGGGAGAUUCGGCGAGUUGAAUGUGGUGCCCGGGUACUACACCACGGCCACGGACAGAGAGGCGACGGGGCUGGUGGAGCUGCAGGAGGGUGUGGAGUCGGUGGAUGUUCGGGUGCCGCUCUUCAUCAAGGACGAGGAUGAUGAUAAGAAACAGCUGCUGGUGGAAGCUGUCGACGUUCCGGUGGGAAUUGCCAACAUCGGAAAACGCUACGUCAAUAUCACAGUGAUCAAAGAACAUGCUAAGAGCAUACUGACCUUUCUUCAGCCCUCGUACACGUUCUCUCGGCAAGAUGGCGUAGCUAACAUCCCAAUUAGCCGUGACAUCAUUGAGGACGGUCGCACUCAGGUCACCUACUGCACCCGCGACCUGACUGCCAAGGACAAGAAGGACUACAUCUCAGUGGAUGGAGAUCUGAUGUUCCAGCCUGGAGAAAAUCAGAAGAUGGUUCCUGUGAAGCUUCUGGAGCUGGGAGAAGGAGACGCCCUGUUGGAUAAACAACCCAAGCAGUUUGUGAUGGAUCUGAGCAACCCUCGUCAGGGCGCUAAACUCGGCAAAUACCCACGGACCACCAUCAACAUCACUGACAAGCCAGAGCCGAGUGUGAUCAUGUUCAAGAACAGCACGCAGAACUUCAAUAUAUCGGAUGCGCUCUACACCAUCCCUGUGAUACGCACUCAGGGGCUGGAACACCCCUCCACCGUUAACUGGCGAACAAACUCCCCCCGCUUCAAUCUGUCCGGCCCGGUCAAGUUUGCUCCGGGAGAGACGGAGAAGAACAUCGUGAUUGACACGCGUACGCAGCAGAUGCAGCCCAAAGCAGAGAGCUUCCAGCUGGAGCUGUUCGACCCGAGUGCUAACAGCCUGCUCCGAGAAAGGAAGACCACGCUGGUCAACAUCACUGAUACCAGAGGAGACUUUUUACACAACACGGCAUCUGUUCCAGUUAAAGCUUUGUCUCCUACUGGACGAAUCUUUGCUCCGACUAACAUUGAAGCUAAAGCCACAGGGCCUAAAAAAAUCCACCUUAACUGGAACCCUCAGUCUGGAGCCAAAGGAUAUAAGGUGAAGUACUGGAUCUACGGCGACCCCGAAGCUGAAGCUCAGGUUGUGGACAUUAAAAAUACUCAUGCUGAACUGACCAAUCUUUACCCGUACUGCGAUUAUGAGAUGCGUGUGUGCUCAUACAACGCUCAGGGAGAUGGCGACUACAGUGAUAUCGUCCAGUGCCAGACUCUUGAGGAUGUUCCCAGUGAACCAGGCCGUCUGGCCUUCAAUGUCAUUGGCCAAACGGUCACUCAACUGAGCUGGGCAGAACCAGCAGAGCCCAAUGGCGUGAUCACGGAGUAUGAGGUUGUCUACACUCCCAUCAAUGAGGACAGCAAACCCAUUGGACCUGAUAAGAAGGUGAAGAUUGACAACCCCAAGAAACGCAUGCUGCUUAUUGAGAACCUUCAGCCAUCGCAGACAUACCGCUACAAAGUGCGUGCUAGCAACAAGGUGGGCUGGGGACCGUACCGAGAUGCCACCAUCAAUCUGGCAACCCAACCUCUCAGACCCAUGUCCAUUCCCAUUAUUCCCGAUAUCCCGAUCGUGGAUGCCGAGGCAGGUGAUGAGUAUGACAGCUUUCUCAUGUACAGUAAUGAAGUUCUUCGUUCUCCUACCUCCAGCACCAGACCCAGCGUGUCUGACUUCUCUGAAGGCAAGCGGUGGAAGCACGUUAAGCUAGUGGGAUCAGACCUGGAUCUCCGUACGGUGUCCUGGAAACUGCCUGCUGACAUCAUCCCCGCCCGAAGCACAAGCACAAGCACUUUGGGAAGUGAUGAUCUGCUGGCCUCUGCUCAGACACAGACCCCUCACCCAAGUGGCUCUUUCCAGAACCCUCUACAUGGUGGCUGUUUUGCGAACUCUGAGCAAGGUGGCCAUUUCCAGAACCUUCCACAAGAACAGAUCAUGAAUGGAAAGUGGGAUCAAGGGUUCUUGUUCCCAGGUGGAAGUGGUUCUCUGUCACGUAACAUCAGCACUUCUUCAACGAGCUACAGCCUCUCACCUCGCCCUGGUGGAGCCAACCAGACAGUGGAGACCACUACAACUUACAUAACCAACAAAGGAGGAUCUAUGCCUCGCAAGCAUGACAUCCACACAGAGGAUGUGAUGUUGAGGAAACGCUCUGAAAACAGGACUUAUUAUGAUAAUGAUGGUAUAAGAGACUCCAUCGUGAUGAGUGACUUGACUGGAGGAUUCUCUGACAUUCUAAGCGGUUCUAGCUUCAGCCAGACUACAACUACCAGCUACAGCCUGAACUCCCGCCUUCACAAUCGCUCAGACGACAUCAACGAAGCUCUGCAGAACCUGGACAGGGUUCUCCAGGAUACUCGGCUGCAACGUGGUGUUCCUGAAACCCCAAGCAGGCUGGUCUUUUCGGCUCUGGGCCCAACAGCACUGAAGGUCAGCUGGCAGGAGCCCCACUGCGAAAAGCCAAUAUUACGAUACUGCGUCCUCUACCAGCUUCUCAAUGGAGGUGAGAUGAAGCGCAUAGACAUCAACAACUCUGCACAGAAUUCUGUGGUGGUUCAGGACCUACUGCCCAACCAAUCGUACCUGUUCAAGGUGAAAGCUGAGAGUCAGGAGGGUUGGGGUCCUGAGAGAGAGGGAGUCAUCACCAUCGAGUCUGCUGUUGACCCUAAGAGUCCCCUCAGCCCUGUACCAGGGUCUUCGUUCACUCUGAGCACUCCCAGUGCCCCCGGUCCACUGGUGUUCACUGCAUUAAGUCCAGAGACUCUCCAGCUCAGCUGGGACAAACCACGGAAACCCAACGGAGAGAUCCUGGGCUAUGUGGUCACCUGUGAACAGCUGCAUGGAGGAGGAGAUCAGCGCUCCUUCCAGCUCAGCGGGAACUCGGCCACAUCACUGACCGUCUCUGACCUCAGUGAAAAUGUGCCAUAUAAAUUUAAAGUUCAGGCUCAGACCACACAAGGCUUCGGGCCAGAGAGAGAGGGGAUCAUCACCAUUGAGUCUCAGGAUGGUUCUAUGGGUCAGUAUAGCGGUCAGUCUGUAAUGAGAAGAGAAGUGUUUAAUCUGCCAUCACAGAGCACAUCACAGACAACACACACUAUGUUCACUGAACCCUUCAUCACACCAGAUGGCAUGAUGAUGUCCAGCAGACAGGUCACACAGCACACGGAGAUCAGUGGCAGCGUCACACGGCAGGUGGAGAUGGUGCAGAGAGGAGUGACCUCCACCGUCACCAAGAAACAAUAUUAUGAAGCCUGAAGAUGGAGAUGAUGCAAAACCUGCUGUGUUCAGUAAUCUUACAGCGCUCACACAGUCCUGUUCCACUGACACACACACACACACACACAGAGUCUGUAUUCUGACAUGAACAUCUCUAACAGUGAGAACAAACACACUGGCACUAGUCCCGUGUGUGUGUGUGUGUGUGUCAGUGGACAAAAAGUCAUCAACACACGAGUCUUACUUACCGAGUGUUAAGUGUUAAAUAAUUAACUCGAGUCUCGAGUCACUGAGCUUAAAUGACCAGUUUCAGACUAAUGAUGUUAAAUUAACUACAGAACAAUUCAAGGGUUUUUUAUUCAAACAACUUGUGCUUCAGCGCUUCAGUAAACAGUGUCUUCAGAGUUGUUCCUCAACCUGCUGGCUUCAAUUACACUGACCUGAGCUUUUUACUAGAACAACAACAACACUUUUACAGUCUAAAACUCUUCCUGAAUGUAAACUGAAUGUUCUGUGCUUUAGUGUGUGUUUGCACUGCGUCCAUCUCACAUCGUAACGGCCAUCAGGUAGUUGCGUUGUGUUUAUUUGUUUUUGUAUCUCAUUUUUUAACGUUACUGAAUAUGAUGCAUGUUGAAUAAUCAUUUUUAAGUUAACUCUGCUCACUCAAGUUAAGAGUAAAAUAAUAAUAAUAUUAAAAAAAUUCAGCUGCACCAUCUGCUGGGUCAUUUACUGUACUGACCAAUCACUGACCACAAUUUCAUCACGUGACUAUUCUCAUGGAGGUGUAGGAUUCUCCUAUUCACAGUAUACUCAGUAAAAAAAGCACUUUUAAUAUGAUAAUUAUUUAUUAUGUCAGCCAAAAAGUUAUUAUACUAAAAUAAUAAUGAAAUUAUUAAACCACCACACUUCUUCAAAUGAGUUACUUAGCUAACAGCUAACUGGAAAUUGUUAGUAAGCUAGUUAACGUUAGCUUGCUAGCCAAUUAAUUGAUGAGUCAUUAAACAUUAAAUUAAAAUAAAAACGCUCUUAAUAAAAAGCCUCAGUGACACAUGACUCCAUCAUAAAGCUCUUUAUUCUCAUAA